UCCUCCUCCUCCUCCUCCAUCUUCCAAACCCCCUUCUCAUCAAAGUCUGUCGUUUUUUUCAACUUUUAUCGUCGCCUUCAUGUCGGAAAUGGUUGCUUUUUUUCCAAUGAUAAAUCAUUUAAUCAAAGGCGGAACCAGUCGCUUCUGCUUUGUCCAUGCUUCAGCCGAAAGGAUUCUGCCUUUCCCGCCGACGCAAAUCUGUUAUUGUUAUGUCGGUCUGAGCUUGUCCUUCAGUUUGCCCCUUAACUGCAGUUCUUGCCUCGAAAAUUGACACACGCAUCUAACACGCUUUGACGCACAGUCGUAUCAUUAUGGUGGCCGCUAUAGGUAACCAUUCAAAGCGAAUCUUGAUCGAGAAGUCAGCUCACCAUUCCCCGGUGUUGUUUUAUUUGGGACCCGACAAAGACGCAAUACGCAGAGGAUAGGUCAUUGUGUCUUACGAGACCGAUGGAAGUAGGGUUAAUAUGGGUGAAACUGAUAUAUGGGAAAAAGAGCGGUGAAAAAGGAUGAAGUUUUGGGAAAAUGUUCUUAUUUCUGGAAUAGGUCCAAAUAGAUCCGUGUAUGACCUUGACAGCGACCCGGGAACUUGAAUACUAGCGAAGUUUAGCACCAAACAACCAAAGGAAUCCAAAUAUAGCGCCAACAUAAUGAGACGCCAAGUUUAGAGAUCAAGACACCGAAAUGGCCAAUAGAAACGCAGGGAUGAAUGACGUGAAGCCCAUAAGCGUAAGGUGGAAACGACACGGCAUAAUGAUGCUGAACAGCGGAACACAGGGAAGCCGCCAAGGUGUACAACAGAGGUAAAUUAUGCCAAAUUAGUGUGUGUGCCAAUUGACAAAUAAGCUGAAUGUGAUAUUAACGGGAAAAUUCGUUAUCUUGAAAAAAGACAAUCCGUGCGCCCAAAUUAAUUAACACUACUUUCGUAAGAAUCAGUAGGCAGUAAUAAGAAAUACGAAAAGUUGGGUCGCAUAUUGCGUCCUUUCCCGGGAACAGUAGACACGAUGACCUCUCUUCCGCAUUCUGAAUGGGGUCGUAUAUUGCGCUGUUGCCAAAAAUACGUACUUCUGCAUUGUUCAUAUUUUUUCGACAAGGCCAUGGUUCAUGGCCGGGUUUACGUACUCCGGGGGGCAUUUGUAUCGAGCUAAAGAGCCGAACUGUUAAGAGCUUUGUGAUAUCACAAAUUUUGAUCCUCCAUAUUAUCGUCAGUUAAAAGUGGACACUAUUUUUACCAUUUAAUGAUAAUAGUAAAUGAAUUUAACGCCCGUUUGCGGGCAUUGAGUAUUUUUUCCCAGGUAAGAACCUUAAAACAUCUUGACCAGCCCCGCACAACAACUACCGCGAACUCUUUUUGUUUCUUUCUCAGGCACGUAAUUUCGCCAGUUAUUUUCUUUCAGCACAGUCGCUCCCCGGAGUAAGUAGUCCUGGCCAUAAACCAUACCCUUGACAUUUUUUCCUUAUAAAAACACUGCGUCCAGGCGGAUGUCUAAGUCCUAAGUCGCCAGCUCCGCUCAUAUUGUGGAGACAACUUCGCUCAUCACCGGACUGGUUUUCCACAGGGUGAUGUGGUCUUUCCAGGAUGCCUCAUGUCCACAGUUGCAGGCAACCACCCGACACUGUCUCCCUCUCCUAUGCUUUACAGUAAUCGGCAAGCAGACUAUCGAUACGAGGUCAGUGUCUUUCUGCAGCAUAAAAGAAUCCUUCUCACCAUUCUUCCCCCCCCCCGCCCCCACCUCCUUUCCCGCAGCUUUUAUACGCGGACAGCAAGAAAAUCCUCUACGACACCGGUGACGCCGACAUGUUGGAUCAACUGAAGGCCUUCACCCUGUUGGUGCAUUUUCGUCUUCCAAACAGCCUUGCCGGUAACACUGCUGCGGGUUCUGGAAGCGGGCAGUUCAACCUGGAAAUCGCCACUUCCAUCGCAACCCUCGGCCUUGAGGGCGUGGACUUUGCAAAAAGUGUCGCUGCGUCAGCGGUGGCGCCAAUUCUGGUUGGUCAAAGUGGAAGCGAUAAUGAGGAACAGGAGAAGGCCGUGUCUGGCGCGAACCAGCUGUCCUCACCGUCGCCAGCCUCGAAGAAGCCCUUUUUGGGCGCCUUCCGCAAAUUUCAGGGUCUACCCGGGUGUCUGCAUGCCGGUGAAGUCGUUUCUGAGGUUUUUGGAGUAUAUGAGGAGCAGUGAGUGCUGGAAUUACUGGGAGUCUUCCGCAACGCACGCAGUACUCCCCUGUAUCUUUUCCUCUCCUCGUUAGCCUUCCACCUCUCCACCCUACUCCUAUGACUCGCUUUAUGUCUGCUCCAUUGAAAUGUGAAAAUAAACAUAAAUUUGCCCGAGACAAAGUACGCGGUAGGUAGCUCGGAAACACAGCGAGCAUGUAAGAACACGUGUGUUUUAAAAAAAUAAACCGGAAGCAAACGUGAAUUUUAAAAUGGCUAGAAGUUCUCCAUUCUGUUGCCAACUUAGGGGAUAAUGUACGUUUCUACGAAGUGGGUGUAAGAGAUGAGUUUUACCAUAUCCUUUCUAGAAAAUUGGAUUCAAUUCGCACAGACACCGAUAAUCAAUGGAAUUAGUACACACUACUCAGGUAGACGCUUCUUGUUGAGUGCAGUUUUCGAAGGCAGCCACCUAGGCUCUCAGUCGAAACCCAACAUCCUGAUCUGCCAGAAAGCCCUAGAACUAUGAUGCAUGGUAAUUAGUAUCUCAAUUCCACUCAAGCUAUUCAGAAUCGUGCUUUAAAAUGUUAGUUAGGGUUACUAUGAGUUUCACCACGUAUUGCAGUUCCCCUAGAAACAACACAGACCAUAGCCUCGCCCCUCGAUAAUCUUCCGUCGCUCCCACACCUUCCUCAUGCUAGGCUGAAGGUUGCCAUUUGAGUAAUUUGUUUCCUUCCAUAUCCUCCGGACGAUUGACAAACUUCUCAGACAACCUGGCGGCUAUCACACUGCGUACUCCUAAAACGCACCCAUUUAUCUAAUCCGGAUUAAACACAGAGAGCUUGAUCGAAGCCAGUAAAACUGAAAUGGGAGAAAAUAAAUAUUUCUCGGUGGAGGAAGUUACGACAGCCGCCUCCUUCGUUUGCGUUCCGGAGACCAUGACGGAGCAUCGGACACCUUGUGCGUCGUGUCCGAGCGUCGCGGAUGGCGCACUUGUUCGCAUGCAGGCAAAACGACGUGGAGGCUGGUUGAAUAUGAAGCAAGCACCCGCGCCUCUCACGUUCGUGCGAGUCUUUUAUCUCCCUCAUUUCUUAAUGAACCAGGCCCAGAUUAAGAACUUUAUAAAGUGCUUAUCUUAUUCCACUCACAUGGUAUCAGGGAAUUUGCCGUGCUGCCUUAAACAUCACGGUCAGAUGUGGUAAUGUAGCCCAACCUGAAGUAAACCAAGCCCAGCCACCUGUAAUACGGGACCGGUGGCAAUAGGGGUUUUACAAGUGGCACGGGGGAACGUACAGGCGACGAGGUCAAGUAAUUCUGUGCAAAAGAAAAGCUAUUGGGAACGCGUGGUUGUACUUUGAGUGGUUAAGAAGUAGUUGUCCUAACUCCUAACCUUAGCCCUAAUCCGAACUCCAACAGUAUUGUGUCCAACAGGUGGGGCUUCAUAACCACAUCAUACCGAUAUUACUAAUGAUACUGAGUGUAUUCUUCUGAACUACUGAAUGGUCGCAUUACCUUUCAAGAGCCUCUCCUCUUAUUUCUACUUGACACAUACCAUUUAAAGGUAUAUAUUUAGCUUUCUUGGCUGUCGCGUGCGCGCCGCUUUUUCCUAAAUUGUCUCUUUUUCCUCAUUUUCAAUCCCUCAUUCCCUAGAUUCGCCUCGUACGCUGUGCCCGAGUCCUACUUUGAGGGAAGUGUUGGCUUCUACGGGAACCAACAUCUCAGACAGGUGGUAGGUCCCCCUUCUCAUUGGUUCAGGCCUGCGAUAAAAAUAACUCCAGGGCAAUUUAAUUUCCCCUACAUUUUAUGCUUCUCCAUCGAUGUGAGUGCAGUUUUGGAACAAGAGUACAUCACUGAGACUGUUCUACUAAAUUAUGCUGUUUUGCCCACCUGUCUUUGGAAUUUUAAUGUACCUCGAAACUGUUAACAUAAUAUGUCCGGAAGCAAACAACGCGAGUCUCCAAAACACACUGGGGAAGUUAUACCAUUUUUUUCAAUAUUCAGAUUUGCACAUGCGAAUCUUUGCUUAUUUUGAGUAAGUAGACACUGCAACAACGUCAAGGCCGGCUCAUGUACAAGCUGCAUUGGACAUUUCCAGAAAGCAUGGCGUUCAGGAUUGUCAGUAGCACAACCCUAUUUAAGUAAUCCGUCCCGAUCGGAAACUUAUUUCAGAAUUUUGGUUAAUAUUUAAUGGGAUCCGUCGCUGUCUGUGCAUAUUUGGAAUAGGUCAACUUCUUUGGCACCCAAAGGACUUUACUGUGUUUAUUCCCAAAACUGAUUCCCCAGAUCCUCCCCGCACCCAUGAACAAAAUAAGAAAACACUCAUUCAAAAUUUUGUGUGUCGUGUAUAAACCGAUAUGUCUGUCGAUUGAUGCGUCACCUGAGUGCACAGCUUUUAGGAAUUCGCGGCGUUCCACUCCGGGAAGGCGCCAAUGAUGUGACUUUUUUCUCACGCAAUACGUGCCUCGUGUCUAGCUUGUGCAUGGCCACCUGCGACAGAUGUUUUAGUCAUUUAACUGCCAAGCAGUGCUCGCGUGCAUUGAAGGGGGCAGGUUUUCCUGUUUGUCCACAAUAAACUACAUCGCAACCGGUACCUGGGAUUUUUAGACGAUUUAACUCCAUGCGAAACAGCCCCCUGUUCCUAAAGUGUAUGAGCCUGGUGGGCAACUUAGUUGUAGGAACGUUCUUUAAGUGGUUGUUUUUAGGUCUCGACGACUGUAGUUUUUUAUUCUCCUUUCACUCGUGGCGUCUCCUACACGGCCGCACAAUGUCAAAGGGUGUUCGGUUUGGGAGAAUAGUAGAGUUUAUUCUGCUUAAUAACUUCCUUCGUUGGGUUAUUAGGUUUCGUUUCUAUUCCCUAACUUCUGUCUGGGAGAAAGACGACUGUUGUCAUAGUGUGUGAUGAUCCCCAACUGGAAGUCUUCUAUCAACUUUCGUUUUGAUAGUAAAUUCACUUAUCGGGAAAUUGGGACCUAGAGUGCUGUUGAGCAAUUCCAGUUGAUCUUUUUUGACGAUAAGAAAUGUAGCUGACACCCGACUGUAAAACAACUCUGUGACGGCGGCGGAAUUCGAACCGCCCGACAGCAGGGACAUGGCCUGAGUACAGCCAGCGUUCUCAUCACCUCCCCUACGCGGCCCCCGAACGAGAGCCCUGCGUCUUUCACACUUGUACCCGCUCGGGUGUUCGAGCCUCUUUACGAAUGCCGGUUUUUUUUCACAGUUGAGUCAGUUUGAUUAUUCAGAUCUGCCAACAGUAACAGAUGUCUCAUGCACGUUUACUUUUGCCAGAAGUUUACUUGCAGUCGAACGCACAGGGACCUUUUUUAUUGGCGGAGUAAGAGUUACUUUCUGGACAAGGAGAUCUGGGACCUGAAGCGAAUCCUCCACAGACACAAAUCCGCGACGCAGGCCAAAUCUAGCAUAAUCGAGUCAAACAGGGAGAUUGAGUUAGAUAAUACCAUUAGGUCCUAAGUUGGGAGCGUGGUUCCUUCUGCUUUUUAUAGGAACUUUCUUGAGUCGUCGAUGCUGAUUUCGGACUUUUCUGUAGGCGGAUAAAUUUGGUGAGGUACUCACUUGGAGCUCUUCUGGUUUAGACACCACUUGUAGAAUUCUGAAGGACAAGUCGAGGUACAAUUCGUUGCCUCCCAGAUGAAAAGUCACGAGCACUAAAACCCUUGUAGCGCAAGAACUGCCUACCGACAUAUGGAAAGUCUUACCGCGUUAAAGGAACGAUGGAUGUUCUAAAAAAAGGCAUAAUUUGGUUUUUGAAGUAUUACUUAUUAGCUAGGAAAUAGUCUAUUUCAUCGAGAGCCAUCAAAUCAGAAAAGAUGACUUAAUGACGAAUCAAUUAUAUAAGACCCAAUAUAACUGACGGGAGAGAAAAUGUGAUACAACGGCAAAAUAAUGAGAAAAAAACCGUAGAAAAUACAACGCUGGCUCGCUUUCUUGAGUGCCCUUUAGGUUUUAGAACUGCUGUAAGUCCAGCAGACAUAUAUACUGCUAAGUUGUCUAUGGUAGUUUGGCCUACACAGUUAGGAGACACAAAAUCCAGCUUUUUCUGUAUUGAAAGGCAUUGUUUCUUGCCUUGUCUUUAUUCCUUUUGAUUAAUGCAAAAUGACUUUCGAUCGGCUACUGGCGGGAAUAAAAGUGCUUCGCAGACGGAAAGACUGGCUCUGAUUUAGAAAAAUAAACAGAUUAUAGUCGCAGGCCUCAAGCCUCAUUUGAGUGGUGAACGGUGACAUUAUUCUGCAACAGUACAGUGUGCAUUCGACGUUAACAAAUGCUGUCGUGACCGAUGUAGAUUGACACCUUGCCAUUAGUGAUCUCCGCUGCCGACCGUCAGAUCGGUCGGUCUGCGAACCAUCCAAACCAUCAGACGUCGUCAGUUGCUAACGAUACAGUGUAUUCUCAUCGAAAAUUCUUUAUGGUGCUUGACGGAUAAAAUCGUCAUCUUGCUUUCUUGUGGAUCGCUUUGGUUCAAUUUGCUUACUUCUGGCCACUGCCCUAUUAUUAAUAAUCUUCCAGAGAGUGUCCUGGCAAAUACGAAAAAUGUUAGCUAACUACUCACACGCACUAGCCCUUCGGCUGUCACUUUUUUUUCGAUGCGCAUAGAUUUAACGUCCGACAGGAACGUUGCUAUGACAUCUUUGUCGCACGACGUGACACAGAAAAGUGACAGCAUGCCGCGGGAGCUCAAGAUACACUAGGUGGGCUAAAAAACGAAGUGUCAACCGAAAUCCCGAGAUGCGUUUUCGUUUCAAAAAGAUUUAUUAAGUGGGGUUGUAAAACUAGUCAGCCUGCAACAUAAUUCUAUAAUAUUUCAGUUACCUCGGGAUUACGGCUUUCGAACGAACUUCCUUCCGGCUGCAUGCAAGAGUUACACUCUAUAAGGAAUGAAUACUUAAGUAGCAUGCAAUUUCACCAUCGAUUUUCGAUGUCCUUAAAGAUUCAAGUAUAUUUCAUGGAAAAAUGCAUAAAAAUGUUCAUUCUUUUACUUAUUCGGUUGAAAAUGACGUCUUUUUCCAAUUUUAUACUCGAAGGAGGGGCAUUAUUCGGUUUUAAAAAAGUUGCUAAUUGAGGGACUUUUAAAUACCGUGAAAUGGCCGUUCAUAAAUCGUCAUUUCUCUGCAUUUACCUAUGUGGCUUGUAAAUUUAACAAUGUAGAUCAAAUCCACUGCUAAAUUUUAUGAAUCGUAUAUGGUCCCUCUUUAUCAUCGUAGAGAAAUGUGUGGUUAUCCGUACGCGGAAAAUGUGCGGCUUGUAGUGUGGAAACCCCGAAUGCAAGUGUCACGGCACAGCGCGUUGAAAAUUAUUCGGAAGUUGGAAAAGUUUUUGAAAACCGAAUUAUACACUUCUUUCGAGUAUAAUGUUGGAAGAAGACGUAGUUUUCUACCAAACGAGUAAAACAAUGUAUAUUUUUUGCAUGUUGUCCAUGAAUUAUAAUUGAAUGUUUAAGGGCAUCGAAGAUCAACGAGAAAAAUUCAUGCUACUUAAGUAGUCAUUUUUUGCAGGGUGUAGUUUUGGCAUACGACAAAAAAGGAGUUCGUUCGAAAGCCGACAUCCUGCGGUGACCGAAUUAUUAUUGAAUUAUGCUGCAUGAUGAUUAAUUUUACAACCCUAUUUAAUUAAUCUUUUCGAAACGAAAACGCACUUCGGAAUUUCGAUUGACAUUUCGUGAGUUAGCCCGCCUGCUGUACAUAUUUGUUAUCACCUUAUUAUUCUCGCUGUGGUAGAGCAGAGUAUUUCGAAGCAAGUUUAUUACUGUAUUGUUUCGCAUAAAAGACCACAGAUUCGAAAAAUAGAAUUUUUAUGGUUUAGUAUGCUUCUCGUUUCUUUAAAAUAGUGCGAUUUCGCACAGCCGGAUCCACCUGAUUUUCUUGGGUGCAAAAUCCCUUUUUUCGUUUCCAGAAGGGAUUUUCUAAGAAGAUUUUCCUGCUCAUCUUAGUGUUCCCUUAUAGUACAAUGCGUGAAAACAAUAAACCUUGGCAGGUGAUACAGAAUAAUGCAGGAAAUUACCCGGGCAUCAGGAAAUGUUCGAUUUCGCCUAAACUUCGCCCAUUUUCCUCCCAUAAAAGAAAUUUGAAAUGAACUCUUCCAUGGUAAAGGGUUUUCUGUGCCUGAAGUCAAUUCAAUUAACAACCACUGAAAUGCCGAUCACGACAUUUCAUGGGUUUCGUCAUGCUGCCAGUCGUGGCAGGUCAACAGACUGUGAUGAA